CAUUAUUUCAGUACACAUAAUAAAAAGCAAUGCGCACAACUUAUUUCGGGGAAGAGGUUGUGGAAUAUUUUCGCUGAAAAUGGCCGACGAAAAUGUUACCAAGGAGAAGUUAGCCCAAGAGGACGAGUAUGUGACACCAAGGAGGAUGGAGCCUGAGCCAAAGAAACCUUCAGACUUAGCCCCUCAACCGAGUGCACCAUACCCUGAUAACCCUCAGCCAAAACCUCAGGCAAGGCCAAGGGGCAAGAAAGCACCUGAACUUCCAGUAUUUGAAAGGAGAAACUGGUUGAUUCAUCUCCACUAUGUUAGGAAAGAAUUUGACAACUCCAAGGCUCUUAUUAAAGAGCAGCUCCAGGAAUCCAACGGCCUGUGUGAAUACGCCCUCUAUGUUCAAGCUCUGAUACUACGACAGGAAGGCAGGAUACAGGAGUCUUUAGAGUGCUUUCAGACGUGUUCUUUGAUCAACGCUCAGAACCCAGACAACCUGAAGCAAGUUGCUCGCUCUCUAUUCUUGCUAGGAAGACACAAGGCAGCCAUAGAUGUUUAUGCUGAAGCAUCGCGAAUGACAGAGAAAGACUGGGAGAUUGCUCAUAAUCUAGGAGUCUGCUACAUGUAUCUCAAAGAGUAUCUGAAGGCCAAGGAAUACCUGAAGCAGGCCAUCCAGUACAACAGACAUGAUCUGUCAUAUGUGAUGCUUGCUAAGAUUUACCUGAUGGAAGGAGACAUACAGAUGGCCACCGAUGUCUACAAGAGAGCUGCCGAGUCUUUUCCUGAAAACCCUGAACUUCUGACAACUCUCGGACUGCUCUACCUCCAGGUUGGUCAGAAUCAACGUGCCUUUGAGCAGCUUGGGAAUGCUUUGACCUAUGACCCCAGUCAUGUAAAGGCUAUUCUAGCAGCUGGUAGUAUGAUGCAGCAGCAUGGAGACUUUGAUGUAGCUCUGACCAAGUACCGCAUCGCCGCUGCAGCCGUCCCUGAGAGCACAUCACUUUGGAACAACAUUGGAAUGUGCUUCUUCGGCAAGAAGAAAUAUGUUGCGGCAAUCAGCUGCCUCAAAAGGGCGUCCUAUCUGUCUCCGUUUGAUUGGAAGAUCAUGUAUAACCUUGGUCUGGUGCACCUCACCAUGCAGCAGUAUGCAUCAGCCUUUCAUUUCAUCAGUGCAGCUAUCAACCUUAGACCCAAGAUGGGACAGCUCUAUAUGCUGCUGGCCGUUGCUUUAACUCAUCUGGAUGAUGAAGAGAAUGCUAACAAUGCAUAUGAGCAGGCUGUGGCGCUGGAAGAGAAAGACCCAUCAGUGUGGCUGAACUACGCUGUGUUUCUCUAUAACAAAGGAGAUAGAAAGAAUGCAGCCAAACACUUCACCACCUUUGAACAAAAACUUCAGAAAAUGAAGGAAGCAGGAACUCAAGAAAUUGACCAAGAGUUGAGCGAGACUGCAGGCAAGCUAGGACCCGCCCUCCAAGUAGGUGAGAACCUUUUAUGGAAGGACCAGGCCAACAACAGGCAACAGCAACCACAGCAGCAGCAGCAACAACCGCAAGCUGGAGCCAACUCCGAUGCGGCAUUGAUGUCAGCGUUACAGAACGCUCCACCGCCUUACUCACAGGAAGAUCCAGAGGCUGUUACUCGUCAGUCAAGAAGGAAAGAACUUGCACAGUAGAUCUUGGACUGGGAUUCCAUAUGAGAUUAUGGAUAAUCAGAUGACAUAAUGUUUGUAGGAAUGCGAGGGGGAAAAUGGCAUAUGUCAUCUCCUUUGGCUAUUCAUACAUUUCCAACAAUUUAGGCUCGUUCAGAUAUGAUGAGGUAAAUCACAGCGUUUUUGUAAAACGUUAAAUGUUCACAUUUCUGAAUAUUAUAACAUAGAGCUCAGUGAAUACAUGAAAAUAUGAGACAGCGAUUUACAGCACCAUAUCUGAACAAACCCAAAGGACACUUAUCUUGCAGAAUACAUAGUUGCACAGUUACUGAUUUACCAGUUUCCCAUGAAGCAUACUGUAUCAGUUGCACCUUUUGCAAGUUAUAUGAUUGUCAGAGUACUUGUAGUGAAAGAUUUAUGCUUGAAUUCAAAUUAUUUCUUCAAUUCACCCUGUAUUCACCUUGUAUUCACUAUGCAGUAUUUUUCAUCUGUUAAAGACACAAGCUUGCUCAGUAUGAAUUACACAGUUUAUACACAUAGUCUUAUCUUUAUAGAUGCAGUACAAUUGCCCCUUUGCUCACUUUUUCAUUUCAUACGAUAGCAAAGUUGUAAGGAAAGAAACAGCGGUUUCCUUUUUUAACCUGUUUUGAAGCAUGAAUUACAAAUUUGUAUGAGGUUUGCUUCUGCAAGAAGGCAAGCUGAGAUCUCCACCUCAAACUCUAUGAUAUAAAUCUAUCUGUACAUUCAUGAGUGUUCACUGGUUGCCAUUCGAUGUAGAAGCAAAGUAUAUCAUAAUUUCAGGGAUGUUAUACUAUUAUAAGGUAUCCUUUUACACUUUGCAUCUGAAUGACCCAUUUCAAAUAUUAUAUGGUAUAAGGAUUCAAACACUUAUGCGGUAUAAGGAUUCAAAUUAAACAUCUGCAAGGGACUGUGGCCAUCACAUUUUGGAUAUAUUAUUUGUUUCAGAAUAUUUGCGUGUAGAAUGAAAAAGAUUCCACAUGGGUUGCAUGUUAUCACAUUCGCAUGCCCAUCAAGUAGACUUUAGAAGUAAUUCAUUAAAAAGGAAAAGGAAAGGUAUAUGAAUAUGCCAUUACAAUAGUAAACAGUAUGACUUUCCAGUACUGUAUACCGGUAAGAGGAUUCAGCUUACUGGGGGUAUGUCUCUUUUUUUUCAAAGAUUACCUAACAUGGUA